ACAUACGCUCUUCUCAUUCCUUCUCUCUAUCUCAAACACUCACACAUACACAAUACACAUACCAGGCACACAUGACGCACUGACAUACUGGCACAGACUUUGGACUUUGGAAACAUAUCAUUCACAAGUGUGUGAUUUCUAAGUUUAGUUUGGUCUUGAGAAGUCAGUAAGAGGUGACUGGAGACACUAAUUUGUCAGAUCAUCCCUUCAGGAAGGAAUCAUCACAGAAUCUAACAAGGCGCAUUACCCCAGAAACUUGACCAUAGACGGAGUCCAAAUUGAUUGGGAUUGGUUGGAGAAUUCCUGUUCUAAACCAGGGGCUGACUAAGCUGUUCAGAAGAGAGAGCCAUGUGGGUUGUCCUGGCCUUGCUGCUAGCCCUCUCCAGUGGCGCUCUGUCAUUAGACAAACUCAACAUGUGUAUGGACGCCAAACACCACAAAGUAGAACCUGGCCCUGAGGGAGAGCUUUACCUUCAGUGUUCUCCCUGGCGUGACAAUGCAUGUUGUACUGCCAACACCAGCACAGAAGCCCACAACGAUACCUCCUACUUGUACAACUUCAAUUGGAAUCACUGUGGUAUCAUGAGCCAGCAGUGCAAGAAACAUUUCACCCAGGACACUUGCUUCUAUGAGUGCUCACCACACUUGGGACCCUGGAUACAAAAAGUGGAUCAGACCUGGCGUAAGGAGCGCAUCUUGGAUGUGCCUCUGUGUAAGGAGGACUGCCACCAAUGGUGGGAAGACUGCAAGAAUGAUUACACCUGCAAGACUGACUGGCACAAGGGAUGGGACUGGAGCUCAGGGGUUAACAAAUGCCCUGUAGGUAGCAAGUGCAGAAAGUGGACUGAAAUUUACCCCACACCCAAGUCAAUGUGUGAACAAAUCUGGUCCAAUUCCUACCUUUAUACCACCUACUCAAAGACCUCAGGCCGCUGCAUGCAGCUCUGGUUCAAUGGGACAAACCCCAACAGGAAGGUAGCUGAGUACUACCUUAACAAAGCACAGCAACACCCAAGCUUUGCCUUGACAACGCUACUUCUCAUGGCAUUUGCAUCUUUCUCUGUAAUGAUGUACUAAAAUGAUAUCCUUGACCUAUAUCAUCUCGGAAGUACCAAUAAAACUGCUUUCAAAUGCUC